GCGCAGCAGCCGGUGGACGGCACAGCUAUUGUGAGCUGCCGCGGGAAAAGACAGCUUGGUUCGAGUGUGCUGCCAAUGCGUCCUUCCAUUGAGCGCAGCCUGCAGUUACUGGUGUUCUUUUAAAAGAGGACACGGCUGCAGGAAAAGGAGCGCACACAGCAAGACGCUAGCAGCAGCACAACCACCAAUGCCCGGAAUUAACUCGGCCAUCCCGCGUUAUGAGAAUUGGGAAAUGGAUUACGACAGCUUGCAGCACUACUUUUACGACGAUCACGAUCCGGAGGAGGAUUUUUACAAAUCCACUGCCCCAAGCGAGGACAUUUGGAAAAAGUUUGAGCUAGUUCCCACCCCCCCUAUGUCCCCUUCCUGCUUCCCUAUAGCCGAAUCGCUUGAAUGGUUCUCCCACGGUGCAAACCAGGAGGAGGCAGAGGAGGAUGCGGCGACCCAAUGCAACCUCCAUACGGCGCUUUUCAGCAACCUCAGCUCGUUCAUUAUUCAGGACUGCAUGUGGAGCGGCUUCCCGGGAAGUCAGAGGCUGGAGAAGGUGGUGAAUGACCACCUGGCGCAAGUGGAGUCCGAACCCGACGGCGUACUAGCGCAGGACUCCUCGACGGCCCCCGGCUGUGUGGACCCAGCUGCCGUCUUCUAUUCUCUCAGCGCGCCAAGCAAGAAGCAGGCGUCCUCCGGAUCCGAGUGUCGCACGGAUUCAGAAGAUGAAGAGAUUGAUGUGGUGACGGUUGAAAGCAAGCAAAAUAAACACCUUUUGAAUGUCCGAAAGCCAGUCACUAUUACCGUCCGAGCUGACCCUCAUGACCCUUCCAUGAAGCGAUUCCACAUCUCGAUCCAUCAGCAGCAGCAUAACUAUGCAGCUCCAUCACCGGACAGCUACCCAGAGGAGGAACCACAGCCUAAAAAGUGCAAGAUGGAACCGUGCAGCCCACCCCCCUGUGACCCAUCGACAGAGGAGUCCUCCGCCUUUCAUUCCACCUCAAAGAGCACAAGCCCACAGAGCUCCGAUACUGAGGACACAGACAAAAGGAAAACUCACAACUAUCUGGAGCGCAAGAGGCGCAACGAUCUGCGCUCGCGUUUUCUGGCUCUGCGAGAUGAAAUCCCCGAACUAGAAGACUGUCCCAAAACUCCCAAAGUAGUCAUUCUGACAAAAGCUACAGAAUAUCUGAGGGAACUUCAUUCAAAAGAAAAACUGAAGAUAGUGGAGAAAAAACAGUUGAAGUCCAGGCAGCAGCAGUUGUUAAGGAGGCUUUAUGAUUGUAAGCGAUCGUAAUUCAGCUUCUAAGCUUUGUAACUACAACUACUGCCUGCUACUAAUUUGCACAGAUCAUUCAACGGGAGAGAGGGAUAACCUUGACGUCUAUUUCCAAUCCCACCGUAUUCCCCAAAGGAUUGUGAGAACCUCGGAAGUGGAAUCGGCCCCACUUUCUAUUCACUCUGCACUUUUGUUGUUGUUUUUUUUUUUUUGUAAUGUUAAAAAUGUUUUCUACUUUUUUGUUAUAACUGUUUCUCUAAGCAUUUACCACUCCUUGCAGCAUGAACGUUAUUUGCAUGGGAAAGGCUUUAACAUAAUUAGGAUGACCAGAAAGACCAUGUUGGGUUACUUCACAAAGGAUUGGUUUGUGGCCCUCUGUUUCGCGAUGCCAACGGUUUGUCUUGCUCUCCCUCUCUCCUGUUGAGAAUUUCCUGAUAUGAAAGCAACAGUGAGCUGCAGACCAGCUGCCACUGUUUACCUGAAUGUUUGUACAUAGAUGGUGUUAAUCCUACUGAUAAACCCACACAGAUGCUGUUUCGUUUUUUGUUUUGUUCAGGGAACCAAAAUGACACUUUGAUGGCUUUCCAGUGUUUAACAUUAGGAUAUCAACACACAUGGAUUGGUUGUUGUUUUUUUUUUUUUGGUGACUGAGAAAUUCUAUUUUUGUUAAGAAAAUGAGAAAAACACUACUGUAUUCUAAUAGUCACUUUGCUACUGUACUAGUCUCACUGCCUGUCUCUUUGAUUUAUAUACAGUAACUUAAAAGUAAGGUUUUUAUACUAUAUUUUCUUACAGAGUUAUGGUAGUAAAGUUAAAAUCUAGUGAGCCUAGUGGAAACUAACAGAAAAGCAGCUCACCUUUCAGUGAAGCAGCCCUGCUGAUUCAGGCAGUUGGUUGAAUAAUUUUGCAGGCCAGAUGUGGGGCUGAGCAUUAGCUAGCAUCGUGGCUCUUUAAACCCAGUUUUGACUUCUAUGGGGGUGUCUUGUGAGGUGGUAACUGAAAUGAAGAUCUCUUUAAUGUUACAGUGUAAACCUCACCAGCAUCUGUACCAGUCAGACCUGCAAAACCUGCUCACCUGACUACAUGAACUUUUCAAUGCCUUUUACAGUUUGUCAUGCUUGGACAGGUAAAAAUGGCACAUUAGCAAUGGUGACCCUCCCAGCCUCCGCAGUAGACCAAUGAAAAGGCUUUUUUCCAGUUAUAUCACUGGGCCCACGUAAACCAGCCUCACAGGUCUUGUGUUCAAGUCUUUGCUUUAAAAUCCUUGCACAGUUGAUCUGGUGCCCUCGGAGGUCCUAACCUUUCAUUGUAUGUCAGCAGGACUGUUUACUGAAAGGACGGGGGGUUGGGGGGGCUUUUUGUUGUCAAGCACAUUUUUUUUUUGGGGGGGAAGGGGGAAAAAAAAGGCUUU